AUGACGCGGUUUGCGUGCGGCGCUGCAGAGCUGCUGCGCACUGGGCCGCGUAAGGUGAACGGCGUCGAGAAAGGCGAGCCUGACUUCGGGGGUCCCAUCACUAAUGUGACCGUAGCGCUGGGGCGGGAGGCUAAACUGUCCUGUGUCGUCGACAACCUCGCCUCCUAUAAGGUUGGCUGGAUGCGCGCCGACACGCAGACCAUCCUGAGCCUGCACAACGCAGUCGUGACGCACAACACGCGCAUCAGCGUCACGCACGAGGAGCCGCACACAUGGAACCUUCACAUACGCCAGGUGAAGGAGAGCGACCGCGGCUGCUACAUGUGCCAGAUCAACACGGCGACCAUGAAGAAAAACCUCGGCUGCAUCGACGUUCAUGUGCCACCGAACAUCGUGGACGAGGAGAGCAGCGGGGACGUGACGGUGGUGGACGGGGGCAGCGUGACGCUGGUGUGCUCAGCGCGGGGGUAUCCCGCCCCCAGGAUCACCUGGAGGAGGGAGGACGGGGAGCAAAUCGUCCUCAGACGAGGCAAGAAGGACAGGGUCAAAGUACCCAUCGUCGACGGACCUUCACUGAAUCUGACGCGCGUCAACCGUCGUCAGAUGGGCGCCUAUCAGUGCAUCGCCAACAACGACGUGCCGCCCGCUGUCGUCAAGAGGAUCGUCGUCAACGUCGAGUUCGCCCCCAGCAUCAGCGUGGUCUCCCAGCUCGUGGGGUCGCCGCUGGGGGAGGAUCUGGAGCUGCGCUGCGACGUCGAGGCGUGGCCGCCACCCAUCGUCUUCUGGCGACGCACUGACCGCGACAACGUCAUCCUAGACGGGAUGAAGCACAGCGUGUCUGAGACGCGGUCGCCCCUGCAGCAGUACCGCACCAGCGCGACGCUCGUCAUCCGGCAGCUGCAGGAGGAGGACUACGCCACCUACACCUGCGCCGCCCGCAACAGCCUCAGCACUGCCGAGGGACAGAUCCGCACGUACAAGAUAGACGUGCACACACCUGCACCUGGCGCCUCUCACGGGGACACUGAGCACAGGAGAGGAGGGGGCCUGGACGAUGGUGGGGGGAGCAGCGGGGGGUUAGGACGGUUGGGGCACGGCAGGAUGAUUGACGGCGGGGAAGGCCGGGGCAAUGGACGGCAGACGUCAGACCGACUCAACAACAGACCGGGUUACUCGCUUCACCCCCCCCUCGAGGUUCCCCGGGUUCCCCCCCAUGACCCAGCACCAGGGGGCGUUGCCCCCAACCACCGCCCCGAGUUUCACUUCUUCGACGACUCAGCCGCCAGCGCCCCUGACGCGGACGCGUGUACCGCAGCGCUGCCCUGUGUGCUUGCACUCAAAUACUUCCUUCCGGGGCUCCCGGUGCCGUUCAGGAAAUUAUUCGAGAUUGCAAUCAUUGGAGAAAACAGCAGUGCAAAUCAAGGGCCAGAAGCUGGCGUCCAAACCUUCUUCGUUGAAGAAACAUACGAAGACCUUGCCGAUGACGAAUACUUCAAGGGAGAACAGUUCACAUUUAGGAACGCUAAGUCAAUUGCGAUUGGUGUAGAAUAG